AUGUGCAUACCAAGGGCGCUAAUCCCGCUGCUGCUCUUCUGUUAUCGACUGCAGACAUGUCUGGCCAAUUGCGAUGGGCGCUGUGUGCGCAGUCCUUCGUCCGGGCAGCUCUUCCGUUUCAUACCCGUACGCCUGUACACGCCGGAGCAGCUGGAGCAUAGCGCGGAGUUGCUGGUGCGCCAGCCACGUCAGCAGCAAAUCGUGCAAGAGGUGAUUGUGGAGAACAAUUUCGGGGGUCUGGGCCCGGGCGGUUUUGGGGGUCCACCCUUUGGUGGUCUGCCGCCUUUCGGUGGCCCGCCAUUUGGCGCCGGAUCCGGCUUUGGUCGUGGCGGCUUUGGACGCGGCGGCACAGUUGGUGGCUUUAGCAGCGGCUUCAGCGGUGGCUUUGGUGGUGGCUUUAGCAGCGGCUUUGCACGCAGCUACGCGCCAGCCGAGCAGCCAGAGCAACCAGAGCAACCAGCCAUUCCAGCCAAGUGCAAUGCGCCCAGCAUUAAGGCGCCGCCCUGUGCCCAAAGCUAUGUGUUCUCCUGCGACGCGGUACUGAAGCCAGUGCCCUGUGCAGCGCCAGAUGGCAAUUGUGGCUAUUGA